AAAAAAGAUUGUUUUUUAAAAAUAAUUUUAAAAAUGCCAAAGGGAUAAACAACAACUACAUAAAAAGCAUAGAAGGCAGCUAAAAAUACAAGAGUUGCCAAAAAAGUAGUGAGAGCUAGAAAACAUUUUCAAAAUAGAUUCCAUACUGAAAAGCCAUUAGCUUUAUCUAGAAAACCAAAAUUCACAAGGUUUAACAAUUAUUGAAAUAAUUAUAGAUUAACAAGAUAACUUACUCCAGUUUCUAAAGGAUUAGAUUUCUAAAAUGUGCUUAGACACCCACUUAUUACAGAAAAGGACAUGAAAAAAAUGGAAGAUGAAAAUACAAUGGUGUUUUAUGUUAAUUAAAAAUCAACAAAGCCAUAAAUAAAAAGAGCAUUUUAGAAAAUUUAUGAUGUUAAAGUAAGAAAAGUUAAUGUAAUAAUGCUUAAUAUUAUAAAGAUCCUUAAUACUUUUGGUGGUAAGAAGAAGGCCUACAUUAGAUUGGGUGGAGAGAAUGAUGCUCUCAAUUUAGCCAACAAGAUAGGAAUUAUUUGAGCUCACAAAAUAAUUUAUCAAAGUACAAUAAUAAUAUAUAAUUAUUUCAUUCA